AUGAAGGCUAUCACUAAAGCAAACUCAAAGCGGGCUACUACCUACAAUGAGUACAACGAUAUGACAAGAGAGAAGUUCAUAGAUCGAAUGCUCGAAAGUUCUGAGGAAAAAGGAAGAAUACCUCGAUUCGCGAAGGAGUUUGACAUCGAAACUCAGAAGAGGACUGGCCGUAAAAGCUCCUUCACAUUUGAACACAAGGAGUACAUUCGAAAUCUACUUGACAAGGACUCUCAGCUUUACACUGAAGAUAUUAUUGACAAUUUAUCUAAACAGUUUACUGGGCUUUACACUUCAGACGCAACUUAA